AUGGAAGUGGAAACCCUCAAUGCAAUGAUAAAUGAGUUGUCCAAAAGGGUGUCUAAAGAAAAGGACAAAGGUCUACAAACGCUACCUGAAGUCGAAGAAUGGAUUUCAUUGGCGGAAGAGACUGAAACGAAGGCCAGUAAUCUCCUUGAUGAAAGUAUCUCAGAAUGUUACAAUUUAUCUACGUACGAUGAUUGUUUUACAAAGAACCCUCAUUACAGCGAGAGGGUAUGUAUGACAUUAAAAGAAGUUGAAGCUCUGAGAUCUAAGGGAGUUUUUAAAGUAUCAGUUGAGAGAGCUCCCUCGUCUCAUUUCAAAAAGAUGCUCCCGCUUCAACCAAUAGUUUCUCGAGAGAUGUUGCUUGACAAGGCAUGGCAAUGCCUUACGGAAAAUGAAUGUGGGACUUUGGGUCUUUAUGGUAUGGCUGGAGUCGGAAAAACAACCCUUCUUACUCGGAUUAUGAAUAAGUUUAUAGAAGUUGGCCAUCGUUUUCUGAUCUCUGUUGUUGUAAAGUCUGAAGACGUCGAGGAUGGCGUACACCAGGAAGGAGUGGAUUUUGAAGAGAUCGGAGUUCCACUGCCGAGUAAAGAGAAUGGAUGCAAGAUUGUAUUCACCACUCGUUAUCGGGAAGCAUGUGUAAGCAAGUGGGUUGAUGCUGAAGUCGAAGUUAAAUGUUUGAGCCUAGAAGAAGCAUGGGAAUUUUUUCAAGAGGUAGUUGGAGAAACCACGUUAAAAAGUCAUCCGGACAUACCCCAACUGGCACGAAUAGUUGCUAGGAAAUGCGGUGGUUUACCUAUUCUUCUCAAUAUCUUUGGCAAGACCAUGUCGCGCAAAAGGACUGUACGCGAAUGGUAUCAUGCAAUUCAUGGUUUGGUUUCAUCUACCACAGAAGUUCCUGUUUUGAAGUUCGCCUACGAUAGUCUUCCUGGUGAAAAUAUCAGGUUGUGCUUCCUGUCUUGUGCUCUGUUUCCGGAAAAUUGUCUUAUAAGUAAACUAGGUCUUGUAGACUAUUGGAUAGGCGAGGGAAUGAUUAACGAUGAAGAUAGAGAGAUAGCUGAGAUCAAUGGUUAUGAGAUGAUCGGUGAUUUGGUUGUAUUGGGUUUGUUGAUGGAGAAUGAAUCUGGAUAUGGUGUGAAGAUGCAUGACAUGGUUCUUGAAAUGGCUUUGUGGAUAGCAUCUCAUUGCGGGAGGCCCCAAGAAACCAUUGUGGUGAAAUGCGGUAAACCUAUUCAUCAGCUGCCAAUGGUGAACGAUUGGAGCAUGGUUAGAAGGAUGUCAGUGACAUCUACUCAGAUUGAGACUAUUUCAGAUGCUCCUCAUUGUUCCGAGCUUACCACCCUAUUCCUCCAAGAGAACGUUAACUUAAAACGGAUCUCUGGUGAUUUCUUCCGGUGGAUGAAAAGUCUUGUAGUCUUGAAUCUAUCUUUUAAUAGAGAGCUUGCUGAGUUGCCGGAGGAAGUUUCAAGCCUGGUGUCACUGCGGUUUCUCAACUUAUCACGGACAGGGAUAAAAGUGUUGCCCCUUGCUCUUAAAAAGCUUAUAAAAUUGAUACACUUGGAUUUGGAGUUUACAUAUAGACUUAAAGGUAUUGAUGUGAUAGCAAGUUUAUUGGACUUGGAAGUACUGAGAUUAUUCAAAUCUGCUGUACCUCUGAAUAUGGGUUUACUGGAGGAUAUAAAUCUUUUGAAGAGUCUAGGAGAGUUGAGUUUUACCGUGGAAGAAGUUACUGUUUGGCAGCGGUUACAAAGUACUAGCCACCGGUUGGCAAGUUGUAUUCGUCGUCUAUGUCUCCAAAAUAUUACAAUAACCGAGGGAGAAUUACUAUCGAUGAAGUCUAGUCUUCACCAACUUGAUAUUUAUCAAUGUAAUAUCCAACGGGAGACUGCAUAUUCCGACAACAUUGUGAAAAUUCCACAAUUUUGGUACAUACGCAGAGUGACUCUUAAUUCCUGCAAGUAUCUAAACGACUUGGCGUGGUUGCUAGUAGCCCCGAGUCUUGGCGAACUAGUUUUGAUUGACUGUCCGCAAAUGAAAGAAGUAAUAAGCAAAGAGAAAGCCACGGCCCAACUGGGUCAGACGAGUCAGCAGCCCUUUCAAAGUCUAAAGGUGCUCUCCCUGUCUAAUCUACCUGAGCUGGAGAGCAUUUACUGGACUCCUCUACCCUUUCCAUUUCUGGAAAUUCUCCAUAUAAUGCGUUGUCCAAAGCUGAGAAGACUUCCACUCAACUUCGAGAGCGCCAAAGGAAAUCAAUUAGAUGUAGAUUUCGACGAAGAAUCUAUGCAAGGGGUUGAAUGGGAGGAUGAAGCUACCAAAGAACGUUUCACUCAUCUGAGUAACAUCAGAUUUUGGGGAUUCUUGGUGAAGACUUCGAAAACUUGCUUUAGGCUUUUGCCAGAGAUGGUUAUGAUUGCCUUAUUUUGGGGAUGCUUGGUAAAGACUAAAGACUUUGAAAACUUUAGGCUUUUGCCAUAG